AUGCGGACGGAAAUCUCAGACGACUCCGGUCUGCACGCCGAGGGAGGCGAUUUGGACUUUCUGGACCAGCUGUCGACUCGAAAAGAUGCCACUGGGGAUGAUGCUCCUGCUUGGAGCGAGAUGAAGACAAAGGCCGGAAAAGAGCGCAAAAGGUUACCACUUGCAUGCAUCGCAUGUCGGAGAAAGAAGAUACGUUGCUCUGGUGAGAAGCCCGCUUGCAAGCACUGUCUACGGUCGCGGAUACCGUGCGUCUACAAGGUCACCACUCGCAAAGCCGCUCCCCGCACCGACUAUAUGGCCAUGCUCGACAAGCGCCUCAAGAGGAUGGAAGAUCGUGUCAUCAAGCUCGUGCCCAAGGAGAACCAGGCGACUGUGGCUGCCUCUGGUCGUUCGGUAGUCAGGCCGCCCAUACCCACUGCACCUGCCAAGCCCGCAGCCUCAAAGAAGCGCCAAGCCGAAGAGGCCUUUGGCAACGAACUUGAUGAAUGGUCAAAAUCAAGACCUACGAACCCUGCCGACCUAACUGGAGUGAAGGGUCAAGAUGCAGACGAAAAUCUGCUGCUCACGGAUGGAGCUGAGAGCUUGCCAUCGAAAGAGCUCCAAGAACAUCUCGCCGAAGUAUAUUUUGACCACGUCUAUGGCCAAAGUUAUCCCCUCUUACACAAACCAAGCUUCAUGUGCAGGCUAAGUACAGGUCAAGUGCCACCUGUGCUUAUGCUUGCAGUAUGCGCCAUAUCUGCUAGGUUCUCAACCCAUCCCUCUCUCCGAACAGAGCCUGCUUUCCUGCGUGGGGAGACGUAUGCGAGUAAAGCACGCGAGAUUGCCCUGAAAAGAUAUGAUACGCCAAACAUUACGAUUCUGAUCGUAUAUCUACUGCUGGGUUUGCAUGAGUUUGGCACAUGUCAGGGUGGUCGGAGUUGGAUGUUUGGCGGAAUGGCACAAAGAAUGGCUUACGCUCUCCAGCUUCAUCGCGACCUCGACUAUGACCCACGCGUGGGCGAGCACUCGAAAUUGUCCUUUACUGAUCGCGAGAUCCGGCGACGGACAAUGUGGUCCUGCUUUCUUAUGGACCGCUUCAAUUCGUCAGGCACAGACCGACCGCUCUUUGUCAGCGAGCAAUUCAUUGUCGCACAAUUACCCAUUAAAGAACACUUCUUCCAGAUGGAAAUCGCAGGACCGACCGAAGCACUUGACGUGUCGCCAAACGAACCAUCACCCUCAACUGAAGAGGCUAAAGACCAGUCCCCCAAAGAAAAUAUGGGAGCUAUGGCAUACAUGAUACGACUGGUAACGAUAUGGGGCAAAGUCAUCAAGUACAUCAAUUUGGGCGGGAAAGCAAAGGAUCCCCAUCCGAUGUGGGAUGAUCAAUCAGAAUUCAGCAACAUCAAAAAUCAGACGGAGAGAUGGAUGUCGGACUUGCCCGAGGCGCUGCAUUACAACGAGGAUAAUCUACAAACACACGCCUCUGAACGAACCGCAAAUCAAUUUCUUUACCUACAUAUACUUUACCACCAGAUCAUUCUGUUCAUGAACCGCUUCGCGCUGCCCAAUCUGACUGGUCUACGUGCGACGCCUGAAAUGCCAAAAUCUUUUGUUCAGGGAGCUGCUAAGAAAGCUUUGGAUGCCGCCAAUCAGAUUUCCAUCUUGAUUAACCAGUCGCUCGACCACAACGUCACUGCGCCCUUUGCCGGCUACUCUGCUUUCUUCUCCAGCACCGUUCAUGUACACGGCGUCUUCUCCAAGAACCCUGCCCUCGAGGCCAGUUCGAAGAACAAGAUGAAGAAGGUCUGGGGCAUGUUCCACUUUGUUGCAGAGAACCUGAAGGAUCUCUACCGCCAACACGCCGAUGCGAACCUACGCGGCGCCAAAGCAGCCAAGGAUAACGCUCCCACAAUCUUCCAAUAUGGUGACUGGUUCGAUAGAUACCCCCAUGGUGUGUCCAAAACCGACUACGAAGACCCAAUCACCCGUGACAAGAGCGAGCCCGGUACCGAUGCCGUUCUAGGACAAAAGUCCGAACUUCAAACCGUCGAAGAAUUCUUCGCCACCCUGUCGCCACCUACGGGAACAGAAGCACAGCAAAAGAUGGCCAAGAAGGCCAAAGCUUCAAAGGGAAAGAAUGUCAUCGCCCAGAAUCGCCGUGUAUCUGCGCAACAGCCCAAACCAAGUGCAAACACCACACAGCGCACACAAAUGCCUCUCCCAUCGCUAGCUACAGAUUUCGAUGCUUCCUCUGCCUUCUAUCAACAAGCACCCACGUCGGCCCCUGUGCAGCAGAACCGCCAAGGCAGCUCCUUCGAUGCCUCUGCCGCAACAGCAUACCUCAUCAACCAGCAGCUUCAGCAACAACACCAACACCAGCAGUCCCCACUCUCAACGCACACACCAAUCGACCUAUCCAAUCAUUUCCCCCAGCUUGACCCUAUGACUCAAGCUGCCAUGCAGACAUACUACAACGGCGACCUUGCGCCUUUUGGUGGUGGUUACGGUGGCGGAACUUUGGAGCCAGGCAAUGGGUGGUUUAUGCCGUUCAACGUAGACCCACCCGAUCUCGGCGACGACGGGAUUUUCAGCACAGCGAGGCCCCCCCCUAACCCCCCUCCUCACAAGCCAGACGAGCAAGACACAACGUGA